GUCAAAGCUGAGGGUAUAUUGGUAAUUAACAAAAAGACAAAAGACAAAAGACAAAAGUUUCGAUCUUUAUUCAUUUCUACUGCCUCCUCCUCUGCUUUUGAAUGAGAACCAGAUCGGACGACACAACGGCGAAGAGAGAUGAACCGGGAAGCGAAGAAGUUAUCUCAGCCGCAGCCGCCGGAGAAUAAGGAAAAUAAGUUAAAAAGGGAGAGACUUCCGGUGAACCCUAUGAGAGGACUCAGUACAAGAAGCUCCGGUAGCAGCAGUUGUAGCAGUGGUAGUCACAGGUUCUUGCUCUCUCAUUCUUUCUCAUCCUCUUCUUCUUCGUCUUCGAUGGGUACUACUAGUGUUAGACCUGUGAGGCCAUUAGUAUCUAAAACCCCCAAGUCUGCUCCAGUUUUGAGUAAACCUUUAAUUAGAAAGAAACUGGAGGAGACUAAGCUCAAGUCUAAUGCUACGGAGAAGCCUCAGAGAUGUAGAACUAACCCUACUUUUGGAAAGCGAGUCGCCGCUAGUGGUAGUAGUAAGAUUAAAGGUUCGGUUUUGAAGAAGCAAUCUUCUGUUGUCUCUAGAGAAGUCAAGCUUAGAGUAGAUGACGACAGUGUUGUAAAAGUCGUUACUCCUGUGUCUACUAAACUAGGAACAGGAUCUAAUUUGGUUUGUAGAAGCAAUGCUGAUGAAGAAGCUAGGGAGGAUAGUAAUCAAGAGAAGACACCACCUGUUCAGGCAUCAGUAUCUCCAGAGAUGAUGCACUGCGGAACGUCUAUGAGUUUGUUGUCAGCAUCAGCUAAGUCACAAGCUUGUUACGCCGCUGGGCAUUUACUCUCUGGUGUUAGUGAUAAGAGGAAAUGCAAGCCUAAAGGGAUACUCACUGUGUGUGAGAAUGGUUUUGAGGUUGGUAAGGGCAAGAUAAUACUGACUGAUUCUGAUGAAUUUGAUGAAGGUGGAAGUUAUGAUGAUAACAUCUCUAUGAUGCUGCCUUUGCCUGCUGAUGCGUCAGUGCACUGGCUUUUAUCUCCUUGUGAUGAGGAGAAAGAAGAUGAGAAGGAGAAGUAUGAGACUCUUUCGCCACUAUCAGAUGGUGGUACCUCUUCUGAUUUAUGCAACAUUAGCGGUGGAAGAAGUCUUUCACCUAUGAAUAUAUGUAAAGAGACGAUGAUUAGAAGGACUAGUUCUUCUCUUUCUCCAAAUGAGCUUUCUCGGUUCAGGAGAUUUAUGCAGCUUUCAUCCCCUAAGUGUGAGCUAGAAGAUCCUUCUGAGCAUUUGGGAGGAGACAAAAGGUCUCCCUUAUCUGUUGAUACACUGGGAAGCGAGAAUGUUAUUCAAACACCAGAGUCCAUCUCAAGCUUUGACAGUUACUUCAGACUCUCGUCUUCCCAAGCUGACACCAAACAUGAGGUUGGUUCAGAACUGGAAUCACUGACAGCGACUCUUCAGUCAACCAAAUUGUCACCACAUGAACCGAGCAGUUCAAGUUUCAACUUUGACUCUUUGGCCACAUCUUCUGAUUCCAUUGAUCUGUCACGGUUUCAGAGAGGUUUAGUUGACAGGGGUCCUCGUGUUACACGGGAGAGAGCGUCAAGGACACAUGUGAGAGUAUCACAGAGUGAAGAAACAAAUAGCCAUUUGCUUCAACUGAAACCCCAACUGACUACAGAUACUGAGUUUGAUAAAGAAGGAAGAAAAUUGCUUCCAUGCUCUGCUGCGGAGUCAAUAAGCACUGAUGGUGGUGGUGGUCUGAUAUGUUCUGAGGAUUCAAAUUGGAUGGCAUGUUACAACAACAAGAGUUAACUUCCUAGACCAUUAGUUUCAAGCAUAUGUUUUCCUUUGUAAGUAUAUGUUCACGUUAGCAGGUAGUAGCUAGCUGCAGGAACUUUCCUUCCUGUUGUUGUGUGUUUCUCUCUUUGUUUUCUUCACAUUUUUCCACUUAUAAAACAGCAAUUCUUGUUUCUGAGCA